AGGAUCAAUAAUGAGCAGAGAUAGGAGCAUGAAGAGGUUGGGAUAUAACCAAGGAGCGGCAAUCGUAGUCGUUCAAACUAGGCGGUUCGUUCAACUGAAAGGUAAAUUAAAGAGGGAGGUAAAUCAAGUAGGGUAUUUCACGAGCAGCAUUUUGAGGCUGCUUACAGAAAUCUGUAUAUGGCAGACUACGAGUUGCAGCCAGAUAACCAACAUAAUUCACCAGAAUUCUCGAUGGUUCUGAUUUGAAGUAACCUUUAUUUCUGAAAUGGAGAAUUUAUUAGUUUGAUCUUUUUCAAACUUAUGUGCGGCCGAUUUAUGUUCUUCAAUUUGCUGAUAAAAAAAGGUAGAACAAAACUGUUGAACGGCCGUGUCUUUACAACCCCGGAAUCACAGUUUUCUGAAAAUUUUUUUAAGAAUCGUGUGUCUGAUGUUCUCGAGAUAUCAGUGGGAUAAACUGAUAUCCGUUUCUAGAUGUUCUCAUUAUUACCAGUGCUUGUUGUCUUUUCGAUAUUUUCCUCGGGGAUAGGUUUUAGGAUCGCAGUUAUCGGUGGAGGCAUUGGCGGUGCAUCUUCUGCAUAUUUUUUGCGAUCACUUGCACCAUUGGAAGCCAACAUUGAGAUUCACUUAUUUAAUCAGGGUAGUAUUGGAGGACGAUUGACAACUGUUCAGAUGCCGUACAAUGGCAAGGUACGCAUGUUUGAAGCCGGUGGCAGUGUUUUACACCCUUCUAAUCUUUAUUUCAGAAAUUGGAUGGAAAAAUUUAGACUGCACAAAAACAAGCCUUAUGAAAACGAUGUUGUGGGCAUAUGGAAUGGUGAGAAAUUUGUCUUUCUGGAAAGUUCAUGGUAUCUCAUCACGUUUUAUCGGCUGUUGAGAAGAUACGGUUUUGAUCAGUUGAAAAGUUAUCUUGAAAUCAGCAAACUCCUGUCGGAUUUCAAGAACAUUUAUGCUGUGCUGGACCAGGGCAAGUCGUUUGAUACUGUGGAUGCGAUGGUAAUGGCAAUGUCAAGCCACCUUGCAAAAUUGAUAAAUAUGACAAUGGAAGAGCAUCUUGCCGAGAAUGAAUAUCAUGAUCCAUUUAUCGUGGAAUUCACAAAUGCAGCACUUAACUGUAAUUAUGGGCAAUCCGUUAAGGAGAUCACAGCAUUUGUGGGUUUUGUUGGACUAGCUGGGUGUACAUCUGGGCUUUACUCGGUUAAUGGUUCGAAUAAACUUAUUGUUGAGAAACUGAUCGACUAUUCGAAAGUUAAAUUAAUUAGUGCAAAAGUGACCAUUAUUUCCAAACGGAACAAUCAAUUUGUGCUCUAUGGACGUGAUGGCCAGGGACUUGGUGCUAAUUACGAUUAUGUAGUUGUUGCUGUGCCCUUACAUCAAAAACAGCAGAUUCAGAUAGAAGGUGUGAACUGGGAGGGCCAGCGUGGCAAAUUCAAACAAAUUAUCGCAACAUUUUUAGAGGGGUCAUUACGCGCAACGCACUGGUCACUGUCUGAGAAUGAUAUAUUGACCACAGUAAUUGUGUGCAACAACAGUUUGUCAUACAACUCAUUAGGACAGAUUUUACCUGCUGAUUAUCGAGAAAGUGAGUCCUUGCCGAAAACAGGUCCAAAUAAAAUAUGGAAAUUAUUUUCGAGUAAAAAUCUAACUGACUCUGAGUUAUCGCUUUACUUUAGUGAAGUCAAAAAUGUUAAAAGGCUUUCAUUUCUCGCAUACCCGGAAUACAAGGAAUAUCCUGCCGAUCGCCCUAAGUUUCGUAUCGCGAAAAAUAUCUGUUUCGUGAAUGCAGUGGAAUGGUUAGCAAGUACUAUCGAAAUGAGCGCCAUCGGUGGUCGUAAUUGUGCUAACAUGUUUUUAAGAGAUUUCGGACUUGUCGAAGUUGAUAGAACCACAAAGACGGAGUUAUGAGGAACAUAGGAUUAGAAAAAUUAGAAGCAGCUUAUCAGGGUUUUAUGGUAUCGAAUAGUUGAUUCGUAGCAUAAUGCAAAUUACAUAAACAUAGUAUCUGCUACGAAAAACAACAAAUGUUCUGAGCUAAUUUACCUACUUGCACAUGCAGUCAAUAACGAAAAUUUGUUGUUAACUGUAUGUGCAAGUAGGUAAAUUCAAAAUUACUCGAGCUUAAUAAAAUUCUAUUUCGUGUACUGCCUCUGUUAUGAUCUUUUCGUUUAGAUGAAAUAAUGUAAUUGCCUAUAGUAGAAUAUCUUUAUAAUCUUUCCCUUGAAGGAUAGGUUGAGCAGUGGAUAUCGUCUCUUGUUCAUUCACUAUAAAUAUUCUGUGCUUGAAGAAUCAUACAUCCAGUAAGCAUUCGUAAUAGUGUAGUCGCGUUCCGUUCAAAGUAUAAUCCUUCGCGCAAAUGAUUUGUCUUUUACUUCAAAUAUUCUGUUGCAUCUGAUGUGCACUUUCAAUCUGUGUUUGUAGUGUUAUAGUUAUUAAAUGGAUUUAUUAUAACAAAAUCAUGUACAACGAACUGCAUCAUUAAAAAACGAGUAGGAAGAUAAUCGAGAACAAAGAGGAAACAAAACUAAAAACUUUAUAUCAUGAAGGAACUUAAUUUAUAAAUCAUGGAGUACAGUGAAUAUUUCUUCAUAUCUGACAAGAUCAUUUUAUUAUCAGUAAUUCAUUAGAAGGGACCAAGAAAAAUCAAAUAAUGGAGUAAAUUCGACAGAAAAAGAGAGCAAGUAACUUAUUUCAUGUGUGCAUUUUUAAAAGUGCUGGAAUAUGAAGAGGUGCUGUCAUGAAACAAACGUGCUUCACAUAAUAUUAACAUAUCCAUUCUGCCAACAGUUAUACACUACAUUCGAUAAUACGCAAAAUAUGACACUGUAAAAUGGUAGCAACGAAGAAUAACUGCUGGUUAUUCGUAUUUUGAGUCCUCAUGGUGCUUCACGCAAACGAUGGAUGUGCAGUGAACAACGUUACAGUAAUAGGCAUAUUAUUUUCUAUCUUCUUAGUAGCAAAAAUAGCAGUGUGUGAGACUUAUGCUCAUAUAGACGCCAUCUCACAUCAAUGCUUAGAAACAAUAUUCUCGUGCAAAAGCAUGCUAAUGGCCUGUUUGACCUUUGCAUGAGAUGAGUACUCUUUCAACUAUUGCGAUAAUGCCAUUGGUAAUUAUAUCAUCUUACCAAUUUUGACUAAGAAUUGCAUCGAUAUUUACGUCCUCUUCAACUACAAUACUCUCCCCGGUUCACUCUCAAUCACUUCUACCAAUACGAAGCGAACACAUCCAUCUACUCCCUCAUUUCAUUCCCCAAUAGCUAUCCAUGACACCACCAGAUCAUCAUUCUCACUAC